AUGGCACAGGCAGUGCGCCGCAAGGCCAACGAAACCAAUGGCCAUGCGCACCACCGUCUAGACGAUGCGGUGCACUCGAUUGAGCAAAAGCUGGAAGAGCAGGCGGAGCUGCAUGCGCGAAACCCUCAGGAACAGAAGGAGGCAGGACUGUUCCAGCUCGUCAUUUGCGUCGCUGGUAUCUACGGUAGUUUCAUGACAUGGGCCUGGAUCCAAGAGCGUCUAACAACCACCACCCACGGCCCCUCCAACCAACGCUUCACAUACUCCAUCUUCCUCAACACCAUCCAAUCCGCCUUCGCCGCCAUAACCGGCCUAAUCUACCUCUUCCUCUCCGCAAAGAAAGACCCGAAAACCGGUGUUCGCACCGUCGCCCCCAUUUUCCCUUCCCGCAACAUUCUCCUCCCCUUACUAGGCAUCGCGCUGACCUCGUCACUUGCCUCACCUUUCGGAUACGCAAGCCUCAAGCACAUCGACUACGUCACCUUCAUCCUUGCCAAAAGCUGCAAACUGCUCCCCGUCAUGUUCCUCCACAUUUCCCUCUUCCAAAAACGAUACCCACUGUAUAAAUACGCAGUCAUCGGCUUCGUAACCCUCGGCGUCGCAGUCUUUACCCUAUACAGCCCGUCCACUGCGAAGAAGGCCGCCAAGAAAAGCGGGAGCGUGAAUGCGGAUGCGUCGCAGACUGUCGGCUUGGUCUUGUUGGGUGUGAAUUUGCUGUUUGAUGGUCUGACGAAUACGGUCCAAGAUCACAUUUUCACGUCGUUCAAGGGUUUCACGGGUCCCCAGAUGAUGUGUGCGCAGAAUAUCAUGUCAACGGCACUCACAGUCUCGUAUCUCCUCAUCACCCCUCUUCUCGCCUCGACCCCGCUAGCCUCCUCGCUCGGCCUCGCCACCUCGGAACUCAGCGAUGCGCUGGGUUUCAUCUCCAAAUACCCGGCUGUGGGCGCAGACGUCCUCAUGUUUUCCGCCUGCGGUGCUAUCGGCCAGGUGUUCAUCUUUCAUACCCUCGCCCAUUUUAGCAGCUUGUUGCUUGUUACCGUCACGGUUACCCGUAAGAUGCUGACUAUGGUGUGGAGUGUGUGGUGGUUUGGACACGAAAUUACGAGUAUGCAGUGGGUCGGUGUUGGACUUGUGUUUGGUGGUAUUGGUGCUGAGGCGGCGAUGGGGAGGAGGGAAAAGGCUAAGAAGGCGGCGGCUAAGAAGGCUGAGUUGGAGGCUGCUAAGAAGAGGUAG